GAGAGAGAAAAAUUGCAUAAUUGUUAGCCUUACAGCUUAUGACGUUUUAUUUAGGGGACGAAGACCGAUGCAGAGAUGCAACAGGGCUAGCUAGCUAGAUGAGCAGGCUUCAAAACGAAUAUUUAGGGUCUGUGCACCCCAGUUAUUUUUUCGAAGUCCCAAUACCGCGGGAAAUAUUUAUUAUUUUGGACUAGAAUUUUAACGACGUUAGUUGAACGAAUCGGUUACUUAAAUUAACUGAGAUGGCUAGCUAAGCAGGACAUUGUUAGUUAGCAUUAUAUCGUUAGCUAGCUAGCUGUCUAGCUUAUUUUGUUGGUAGCACAGUUAGCUAGCUAGCGCUGGAUAACUAACUAGAUAUGUAUAUUUUUUGAGCUGACCAGACAGGUUUAGUAUCUAAUAUGAUAGUUUUAAGCAACCUUUAUAUUAUUACCCAAUCUGUGAUCAACAGUAUCUGUGGAAACUCGUAGUUGGAGACGCAUAGAUGUGUUGUGAUCAUAAUAUUAGUAGGGAGGAAUAGACGAAGCAUUAUUCUGAAACAUUUUCUAAAAUAUAAUAUCCCGUUUUUGAACAAACCACAUAUUUUACACCCUAUUGAGACCUGACGGCGACAAAUCCUGGACACUCUUACCCACAGUGACAGCCAGGCAGAGCUUUUCCAAGAUGGAUGUCCAGUUGUCCAUCAGCUUUCUGAGGGCCAGACUUGGCGGAGCCAUUGAGGAGGCAGUGCGCACAGCAGUGGAGACUGUGCUGUGUGAGACUGUCCGUCUGUUAACUGGGCCCCAGGGGGAUCAGCAGCAGGGCCUCUCUUCCGCGACCCAGAGGGAUCUGGACUCCCUGGCGGUGAAACAGAGAUUAGAGGGCUCUGGCCGUGCUGACUGGAGGGCACAUGCUGGGUCUUCAGGGUUGUUCUGUAACACAGGUCAAAGGGGUAUUGGUGGUGGGCGCGGCAACACUAAGGGCAUAACGGGUCAGACCACCUGCUCAGCCUCCUCCCAGUCAUUACAGAGGAGCACCGUGGAGCCCCCAACCCUGGAUGCGGUGGUGGACUGCACUGGCCUGCCCGACCCGUUUGAUCUGGUGUCGGCCGGGCCGGUGAUGGUGGACUUCGAGGAGGGGCCGGGCAUGGGAAUCCCAGAGGAGUGGGAGCUGAUGAACAGAGUGUACAAAACAGAGCACAGCGAGGACAUGGCCCUCAUUGACGAGGGUGCCACGGCUCACUCCGAUGACCACAGGCUGCAUGAAGGAGAUCAGAGGACUUCGGCUUUGCCUUUGGAGGACGGGAUGUCUGCCAAGCCUGAAGACACAUUGCACCCCUGCUUCAGCCCAGCCAACGUCAAAACAGAGCAACCCGAGAUGGGGAGCUGCUGCAUGUCUGAGGGCGCCCCUGCUGUCCCUGCCCCGGCCAAUAGUGGCAUGGAGGAGAGUGAGUUCGGGGGGGGGCAGGUUGAGGCCGGCCCCCAAGACUUUGCAGGUCGCCUGCGCCUUUGGCUGGAGCAGCUGUGCCCCGAGGUGGCCCGCGAGUACGAGAGGGAGGGCUGUCUGUGCGAGCUGUCCCGCCGGAAGCUCAUCAAGUUCUCUGUGUCUUUCAUCGUGGAGGAGUUUGGAUUCUACCCCACCUCCGCCCAGAAGACCAUGCUGGCAGAGAACAUAGUGGAGCUCUUCCCAGGACUCCGGCUGUGUGCCCCCUCCGCUGGCAUCAAUGGCAUUGAACAUUUGUACGACCCGCUGUCCCGUACGGGUUACAUUGAGACCCGCCUGCGCAACUCCCGACGUACCCUUGAGGCCCACAAGAAGAAGUAUGUGCUGAAGAGACGUUGGCCAGAGCUGGGUGUGGCAGACCCCCCAGGGCCCAGAACGGGGCCCGGGCCCCCAGAGAGCCAGUCCAAUGAAGAGACCCAGCGGUGGGUGGACCUGAUGAAGAGAACCAGGCCGCUGACCAGGAAUCUGCCGGCCAUCCACGGUGCAAUGGACCUCACAUUCAACGCACGCAGGCGGUGGAUCAGCAACGCACGGCCCAGUAUGAGGGAUGUGCUAGCUGAGUACCCACGUUUCCUGGACGUGCCUUCCACGAUUGACCUGGAGUUUGAGAGGAUGUUCCCUGGUAAAGGCCACUCCUUCCUGGCCCAGUGGUCGUCGUUUGUGUUGCCCCGGGUUUACCAGAUCACCGAGCAGGAGAAACACCCGGACAUUUCUGCACUCCUCCAACAGGCUGCUGCACAGCAAGGAGACUCGUACACCCUGACCAUGCUGAAGGUCCUGCUCUACGUGCUGCCCCCGACAGCCUGCCGAUCCUCCUUACCCUGCCGGUCCAGCAUCAGACAAGCCAUUCGCUACCUGGUGGACAUUUUACCGAUUGACACCAAGGUGUCCUCCUUAUUCUGUGACCCGAGCUCCCUGGAGGGCCCCGAGUCUGUCUCCCACUCUCAUCCCUACAUAGUGAGCGUGGGUUCGCUGGACACCCCUGGCCGGCAGCUAUGCAUCCUGUCCCCAGCUGACAGGAUGGCCAUCCCUCUACCAGAGGAGGGCCUGAGCAAUGCCCUGGACAAGCUCUUCAAGCUGCUCCGCGUGUUUGAACUGGGCUACCCGGAGCAGCUGACCUGCCUGUACAGCUUCCUGGAGCACCUGUACGGGCUAGAGGUGACCCCGCGUGGUAACCACGACGACCCCAGUGGCAAAAGGUCGAAAGUGCUGGAGCUGUUGUCACGGCUGCACAUGUCCUCCUGACACACUGCACGGGCCCACCAGGUGUGAAGUUGACUCCCCACAAUCUCACUUGGGUGUAUUCAUUCCGCCCAUUGUGUUGUAAAUUGUUGUUUGUUGCUAAAUAUUUUGCAGCUGCGAUCAUUUACUCCAAACUCCAAGCUUACAUUUUUACUUUUUUUUAAAACAAUAAGCCUCUGGAAUUAGUUGAGCAGAACCCUAGAGUCAUCACUCCACUUCAGAGCAUGACAAAAUCCAUGAUAUAUAAAUGUGCAAGUUGUGCCUAAAACUAAGCAGAUUAUUAAGAGCAAGGCAUGUUUCCUCCGAAACACACAAUUAUGCACUACUUCCUGUCCAAACUGCUGGCUGGAGGGAAUGCUUUCUCCGGCCAACCACUUCUAUUAAGCUCACAGGUGCCCAAGAUGCUACAAGGACUUGUAAGAUUAGAAACCCAGAAACAUCCAAUCUCAGUAGUUUUAAAAUUAAGAGGGAGUGCUGGGCCAGUUUUAACAGCACACACUUGAGUAGGCAUAACCUAAUGGAAAAAUGCAAAUACACGCUUGCUAUUUCACUAGCUACUGAUUCACUGAUAUAUCAAAAUCCUGUUAUCUAUCUCACUAGCUACUGAUUCACUGAUAUAUCAAAAUCCGGUUAUCCGAGAUCCGGAACAGACUGGGUCGGAUACAACAUUGUGUAGUCUGCUGUCGGAUUACCAUUAAGAUGAGGAGAUUUGCUUUCGUUGCAAGCUGACAUUAAUGCUGCUAGAAUGGUGUGGAGGAAUGCGCGUGCGCUUCGUUUCAAUUGUGCUGGGUUGUAUCUUGACCUGCUUCCUGCUGCCCGGGUGUUAUAUAAACCUAGAAUCUGCUCCGGUGUCUUACAUCUCUAGCUUUUACGUAAUCUAGAAGAGCAUUUGGAGUAAACUGGUUUCUUUUGUGUAACAUUUUGCGACAAACAAAAUAUUUUGCAACAGUAAAGGUUGAAUAAACACCCCAAACCCCAGAUUCUUUAGCUGGAUUUUAGUAAUAUAACCAAAACAUGUCAGACAGAACUGAAUAGUGAUGGAACAAAAAGUGGUCUUUGUCUAUUAUUCACUGAAUUUUUACAUGCGUAAGGCAAAUACUUUCAUAAACAAUUCUAUGAAAUCUUGUUGACAAGGAAUUUUCCUUAUUUUGUACUUUUAGAUAACUUUCACAAUUGUUUAAGUAUUUAACUUGCUAAUGAUAUGUGAUGUCUUAUGUCUUGUGGUAUUUUUUAAAUAAAAGAAAUGUUUUCACUGUC